AGAAAAAUAUCCGGUUGACCUUUAAAAUGAGCAGCUUUCCUUCCUCUUGCGAACUUCACGAGCUAAAUGGGUGGAUCGCACAUUGAACAGGAGUUUCAGUAACAUUAGCUAGAGGAACACAGACAGAGAAACAAGGACAAUUCGGAAAGGAACGUUGAAACAUAUUUGUUGGCCUGUCUAAAAGCAACAUUGGAAAUGUUUUCCUUGUCAACAACAGUCCAACCACAGGUCACUGUCCCCCUGAGUCACCUGAUCAAUGCCCUCCACUCCCUGAAGAGCUCAGUGGGAAGCAGCAACAGUGCCACUGCUAAACCUCCGCACAAACAGCAUGCCUCAGAACAGGACUUGCAUAGUAACGAGCCCACGUGGAGCCUGAGGGACUUGGGCCUGUCUGACCUGGGCGUGCGGCAGCUGGACGAGCUAGUGAGCGGUGUGUUACCACGUCUGAGUCAACAGGGUGUGGCGUCCUCAUCCAGCCCCAGCCAAAAGGCCUGGAGGACCUCCCACCUGUCCUCACAGUCAUUCUUUCACAACAAACAUGGGUUCUUUGGUGGCAAAAUUGGCAUUGACUCCCCUGUUUUCUGCAGACAGAUCCCCUCCCCUCUUCAAACCGUUUUCACAGAGCUCCACUACUGGCCAGUGUGGGUCCAAAGCCGAGGCUUUAAAACUCUAAGGAAACACAAGCGACUGCAGGCAGGCUUUGAGCGUCCCAUGGAACCAGAUGGCUUUACCCCAUCCUUUAUGAAGGGCCUCCUGACGCGUGAUAAGGGGAUGGAGGUGGAAACCUUGGACAAGCUCCUGAAGAGCAAGAACAUUCCAGAUGGGCAGCAAGAUUCUUUUAAGACCGGGUUUGCCGAGGGCUUCCUAAAAUCCCAAGCGCUGACACAGCGCAAACAAGAUUCUCUGAGGAGGACGAGGUUUAUACUGCUGGUCCUGCUGCUGGUGGGACUCUACGGCCUCUCCAAGACCCCCUUCCUAUCGGUGCGAUUCCGAACCACAUCAGGCCUGGACUCGGUGGACCCUGUCCAGAUGAAGAGCGUGACAUUUGAGCACGUCAAGGGGGUAGAGGAGGCCAAGAACGAGCUGCAGGAGGUGGUGGAGUUCCUCCGGAGCCCAGAGAAGUUCACCGUCCUCGGAGGGAGACUGCCGAAAGGGAUCUUGCUGGUUGGCCCCCCUGGCACUGGGAAGACACUGUUGGCCAGAGCCGUAGCUGGAGAGGCCGACGUCCCCUUCUAUUACGCCACCGGUUCGGAAUUUGAUGAGAUGUUUGUGGGGGUUGGAGCCAGUCGCAUCAGGAACCUCUUCAGGGAAGCUAAAGCCAACGCCCCAUGCGUGAUCUUCAUUGACGAGUUGGACAGCGUUGGAGGGAAGAGAAUCGAGUCUCCCAUGCACCCUUACUCCAGACAGACCAUCAACCAGCUACUGGCUGAGAUGGACGGGUUCAAACCAAACGAAGGGGUCAUCAUCAUCGGGGCGACAAACUUCCCUGAGGCUUUGGAUAACGCUCUGAUUAGGCCGGGACGUUUUGACAUGCAGGUCACUGUCUCCAAGCCAGACGUGAAAGGACGCACAGAAAUCCUCAACUGGUAUUUAAGGAAGAUCAAAGUAGACCCUGACAUCGAGGCUGGGAUCAUCGCCAGGGGCACAGUGGGCUUCUCCGGGGCCGACCUGGAGAACCUGGUGAACCAAGCAGCUCUGAAGGCGGCGGUGGAUGGCAAAAACAUGGUGACCCUCAAAGAGCUGGAGUUCGCCAAGGACAAGAUCCUCAUGGGCCCAGAGAGGAGGAGUGUGGAAAUAGACAAGAAGAACAAGGAGAUAACAGCGUACCAUGAGUCUGGCCACGCUAUCGUGGCGUACUACACCAAGGACGCCAUGCCCAUCAAUAAGGCCACCAUCAUGCCCAGAGGUCCUUCCCUGGGUCAUGUGUCUAUGCUCCCGGAGGAUGACCGCUGGAGUGAGACACGUGCUCAGCUGCUGGCCCAGAUGGAUGUCAGCAUGGGAGGCCGCGUGGCAGAGGAAAUCAUAUUUGGCAAUGAGUUCAUUACCACUGGGGCAUCAAGUGACUUUGAUGCUGCCACCAAAAUUGCAAAAAUGAUGGUGACCAGAUUUGGAAUGUGUGAGAGGCUGGGUGUCAUGACCUAUGCUGACCAAACCAAACAGAGCCCAGAGACACAGGCUGCCAUCGAACAUGAAGUCAGGAUACUUUUAAAGGAUUCAUACGAGCGGGCCAGGGCGCUCCUCAAGUCUCACGCCAAGGAGCACAAGAACCUGGCCACCGCCCUGCUGCAAUACGAGACGCUGGAUGCCAAAGAGAUCAAGAUGGUCCUGGAGGGCAAGGCCCUAGAGAUGAGAUGAGACCUCCAAGGGUGGAGAUGUCACUCUGUUUAUUGGAGAGAUCGGGAUGGGGUGGGGAGAGGAGACAAAAUAUGGCUGUGGAUUAGGGUAGGGAAGCAUAGGGACUGUUGGGACUGGCUUUUUGGAAGGUGUUAGAAUGUAAAUAUAUGAAAAUCAAGGCUUCAAGAUAGGAUAAUUUUUUUAAUGUAAAAUAUGUACGCAAACUACGCACAGUCUUAUCUUCCUGUUAAUGUCUGAAUAGUUGUUAGGAUCCUUAUUGUCGAUAACAAGGAGGAUUGUGGGAUUUCCCUUCAAAUUGGUAGGGGCAAUCAGCAGUUGCUGCAUCCAUUUUUGGAUUUAUAAAUUAAUGAUAUGUACCCAUUGAUUCUUGAAGAAUAUAACUUAUAAAUGCCUCGUGAGCUUAGUUCAACUGUCGUACCCCAUCAGAACCCAAAAUAUAAGCUUGUAUUACGCCAAUGUUUGUAAACAGACUAAAUGUAAACAAACACUGUACAGCCUAAAAAUUGCCAGAUUCACACAUUUUGUUUUUAGUUUGAAUGUAUCCCAUUGUCAUGUGCCCUCUUUUUCAAUGUACCCUGUCGUGUGUGUGUGUGUGUGUGUGUGUGUGUGUGUGUGUGUGUGUGUGUGUGUGUGUGUGUGUGUGUGUGUGUACAUAUGUGUGUGUGUGCGUUGAAUGUUUUAUGGCUAGUGAGUCCAUGCCCUGGCUCCUCAGAAUCACUACAAAAUAAUCUUAUCAGUAAAAUACAGUUGUCUCUACCUGAUACUGUCAAUCAUGUAUUUGUAAUAAGGAAUCUGAUUCCCCCUAAAUAGUCUAACAACUUUUCCCAGGUUUACCAAUAUUACAAGGUUUGUCUGAGCCGUGUGUGCUAGUUGCCAUUUCAAAGGUGGCCUUAUGGGAAUGUACAGUGGGGGAAAAAAGUAUUUGAUCCCCUCCCCUGUCCAUCGUCCCUUUGAUGCGGUGAAGUUGUCCUGUCCCCUUAGCAGAAAAACACCCCCAAAGCAUAAUGUUUCCACCUCCAUGUUUGACGGUGGGGAUGGUGUUCUUGGGGUCAUAGGCAGCAUUCCUCCUCCAAACACGGCGAGUUGAGUUGAUGUCAAAGAGCUCCAUUUUGGUCUCAUCUGACCACAACACUUUCACCAGUUGUCCUCUGAGUCAUUCAGAUGUUCAUUGGCAGACUUCAGACGGGCCAGUAUAUGUAUUCUUGAGCAGGGGGACCUUGCGGGCGCUGCAGGAUUUUAGUCCUUCACGGCGUAGUGUGUUACCAAUUGUUUUCUUGGUGACUAUGGUCCCAGCUGCCUUGAGAUCAUUGACAAGAUCCUCCUGUGUAGUUCUGGGCUGAUUCCUCACCGUUCUCAUGAUCAUUGCAACUCCACGAGGUGAGAUCUUGCAUGGAGCCCCAGGCCGAGGGAGAUUGACAGUUCUUUUGUGUUUCUUCCAUUUGCGAAUAAUCGCACCAAAUGUUGUCACCUUCUCACCAAGCUGCUUGGCGAUGGUCUUGUAGUGCAUUCCGGUCUUGUAGUGCAUUCCAGCCUUAUGUAAGUCUACAAUCUUGUCCCUGACAUCCUUGGAGAGCUCUUUGGUCUUGGCCAUGGUGGAGAGUUUGGAAUCUGAUUGAUUGAUUGCUUCUGUGGACAGGUGUCUUUUUUACAGGUAACAAGCUGCGGUUAGGAGAACUCACUUUAAGAGUGUGCUCCUAAUCUCAGCUCGUUACCUGUAUAAAAGGCACCUGGGAGCCAGAAAUCUUUCUGAUUGAGAGGGGGUCAAAUACUUAUUUCCCUCAUUAAAAUGCAAAUCAAUUUUUGACAUGUGUUUUUCUGGAUAUUUUUGUUGUUAUUCUGUCUCUCACUGUUCAAAUAAACCUACCAUUAAAAUUAUAGACUGAUCCUUUCUUUGUCAGUGGGCAAAUGUACAAAAUCAGCAGGGGAUCAAAUACUUUUUCCCCCCACUGUUCAUGUACCCGGAGUAGGGACUCUUUUAGACUUGAGCCACAAUUCAAAUGUGUCUUAGCACUUUGGUCAGUCUGAACACUUACUCUAUGUAUUUAUGUUAUCAGAUAUGUCAAUGCUGUGUGUAUAUAUAGAUGGAAGGAAGUGCUGCUGUGCUUUUGAAAUUAUGCUUUUAUUCACUUCAAACUCAACGUUGGCAAAUUAAGCUGUUACAGGCCAUUGGAUCCUCCGUUUUUGGAUCAGAUUAGACCAUCCAUUUACUAUGAAACACCUUAAAGUUAUCUGGUUUCUAGGUCUAAACAAUUGUCAAAGUAACAGUUAAACCUAAAAGACCCUACAACUCCUCAUAUCCUGGUUCACUCCCCACUUCUGCUGUGUACUCUCUCUUCACAUCUGAACACAGCUGUCUCUCUAGCGUUACUUGAGUAGAUCUGUGAAUCUUUUUUACAUUUCCUCACUUUGUAUGGUUUUAAGCACAGUAGCUGAGAACCUCACAGUGUAAGCAACGACCGUCAUACUAAUUUGCUGACGUGUAGGCCUAUAAGGAAAACGGUCAAAUGCAUCUGUAGACAAUCGACUCAGUCGCUUCAACAAUGUAGUAUCUCCAUCUUUUGGUGAGAAGGAACCGUUUUUACAGAAUGCUUUAGGCAAGAAUGUUGAACUCCUUUGAAAUGUGAAAUGUCUGCUAAUGUUGAGUUGGAAGCAUUAAGAUUGCGAUACAAUGGAGGUUUAAAGCCAUACCUUUAGGAUGUAAUAAUGUUCUUUUAGAGGCAAAGUUUAUUACAAUGUCUUGCAAAAGUAUUCAUACUCCUUGGAUUUCUUCACAUUUUGUGUUACAAAUUGGGAUUAAAAUGUUUUUAAUUGUCAACAAUCUACACUAAAUACUAAAAUGUCAAAUGGAAGAAUAUGUAUUUUUUUAAGAUUGAUAGAAAUGAAAUAACUAAAAUAUAGUCCUUGGAAAAGUAUUCAGUCAAUAUAUACAUUGAGUAUACAAAACAUUAAGGACACCAGCUCUUUCCAUGACAGACUGACCAGGUGAAUCCAGAUGAAAGAUAUGAUCUCUUAUUGAUGUCAGUUGUUAAAUCCACUUCAGUCAGUGUAGAUGAAGUGGAGGAGACCGGUUAAAGAAGGAUUUUUUAAGCAUGUGUGCUAUUCAGAGGGUGAAUGGGCAAUACAAAAUAUUGCAUUUCUGUUGAAUGGGGUAUGGUAGUAGGUGCCAGGCACACUGGUUUGUGUCAAGAACUGCACCACUGCUGGGUUUUCACACUCAACAGUUUCCCGUGUGUACCAAGAAUGAUCCACCACCCAAAGGACAUCCAGCCAACUUGACACAACUGUUGGGAGCAUUUGAGACAACAUUGGCCAGCAUCCCUGUGGAACGCUUCCGACACCUUGUAGAGUCCAUGCCCUGACGAAUUUACAUUGUUCAAUUCGUCGGGGGGGGGUGGGACAACUCAAUAUUAGGAAGGUGUCCUUAAUAAUUUGUACACUCGGUGUAUGUUAGAAACACAUUUGGCAGUGACUACAGCUGUGAGCCAUCUGGUUUGUGCAAUAUUAGCCAAUUAUUUUUUGUAAUUCUUAAAGCUCUGUCAAGAUGUUGGGGAUCAUGGCUAGACAGAAAUGUUAGUCUUGCCAUAGAUUUUCAAUCCGAUUUAAUUCAAAACUGUAACUUGGCCACUCAGGAACAUUCCCUGUCUUCUUGGUAGGCAACUCCAGUGUAGAUUUGUGUUGUAGGUUACUUUCCUGCUUAAUGGUGAAUUCUUCUCCCAGUGACUGCUGUAAAGCAGACUGAAGCAGGUUUUCCUCUAUGAUUUUACCUGUGCUUAGCACCAUCCCAUUUAUUUUCAUCCUGAAAAAACGAUUUGCCGACGUCAAGCAUACCCAUACCAUGAUGCAGCCACCACCAUGCUGGAAAAUGAGAAGGCAGUUAACUCAGUGAUGUGUUGGAUUUGCCCCGAACAUAAGGCUUUGCAUUUAGGCCAAAAAGUGUGUUCCUUUGCUGUUUUUUUCUUUUCAGUCAUACUUUAUUCUGUAUAUUUGUAUUCUUCUUUUGACUCUGUCGUUUAAGUCAUUAUGUCAUCAUUACAAUGUCGUUGAUCCAUCCUCAGUUUUCUCCCAUCACAGCCAUUGAACUCUGUAACUGUUUUAAAAUCACCAAUUAUCACGGCUCAGGAUAUGACCCAGAUGCAGACACAGGAGACGGAAGGUACAAUACACAGAGUAGUUUAUUAAACCACAGGAGGCAGGCAAAGGACACGUCGAGGACAGGCAGAGGUUUGUUACUAGGUCAGAGUCAGAUAGGUACAGGACCGCAGGCAGGGUCAGGGCAGGCAGAACGGUAUGGCAGGUGGGCUCAGGGUCAGGGCAGGCAGGAAAGGUCGGAACCAGGAGGACUAGAAAAUGGACUAGAGACAACAGGAGUAUGGAAAAACACACUGGUAGGCUUGACGAGACAAGACGGGUGUGACACCAAUGGCCUCAUGGUAACAUCCCUGAGCAGUUUCAUUCCUGUCCUGCAGCUCAGAAGGACGACUGUAUCUUCGAUGUGUCUAGGUGGUUUAAUACAUAAUCCAUAGCAUAAUUAUUUACCGUGCUUAAAGAGAUAUUCAAUGUCUGAUUUGUUAUUGUUACCCAUCUUCCAAUCACUGCCCUUCUUUAUGAAACUUUCAAAAAGCUCCCCGGUCUUUGAAGUUGAAUCUGUUGCUUGAAAUUCAAUACUUGACUUAAGGACCUUACAGAUGUUGGAUGUAUGGGGGACAGCGGAAGGGUUAGUCAUCCAAAACUCUGGUCAACUCAUUAUUUCACACAGUGAGUCCAUGUAACUUUAUUAUGUGAUUUGUUAACCCACAUUUUACUCCUGAACCAAUUUAGGCCUGCCGAAACAAAGGGGCUGAAUACUUAUGCAAUGAAUAUAUUUUAGUUCUCAUUUUUAUUUAACUUAAUAUAUAUAUUUAUAUAUUUAUUUUUUUAUCUUCCACUUUGACAUUACAGAGUAGAUUGAGCAAAAAUUUAAAUGAAAUCAAUGUUAAUCCCAUUUUAUUUACACCCCCCCCCAAAUUUGAAGAAAUCCGAGGGGUCUUAACAUUUGCAAAGCACUGUACCUACUGUAUACCCCAUUCCCAAGUGUAUAACCAGUAUGAUUAUGUGUAGGCCAAUACGUACAUUUUUGUUUUUCUUGCCUAAGUAACACAUUUCGAGCUCUCAAUGAUAGGACAGACGUUGGAGGAAUUUUUGUGCAGCUCAAAUAAAUAAAUGAACAAAAAUGUAAUAGACAAAACCCUA